AGUGCGCUGGCGUACGCGAGCAACAGAUCCGAGCGCAUGCGCACUUCAUUGUUUUGACUGAAAAUGCCGUCGGUUUCGAAAACGGCGGCCAAUGCGUCUCCUCAAACCGAGAAACCUACCCACUAUACAUACUUGAAGGAGUUCAGGACAGAGCAGUGCCCGUUGUUCCUCCAGCACAAGUGUACGCAGCACAGACCCUUUACGUGCUUUCAUUGGCAUUUUCUAAACCAGCGACGGAGGCGACCCAUACGGAGAAGAGACGGAACUUUUAACUACAGCCCCGACGUGUACUGCACGAAAUACGACGAGACCACAGGCAUCUGCCCAGAUGGAGACGACUGCCCUUACUUACACCGGACCACUGGUGACACAGAACGCAAGUACCAUCUACGAUAUUACAAGACUGGCACUUGUAUCCAUGAGACGGAUGCUCGAGGGCAUUGUGUGAAGAAUGGCCUCCACUGUGCUUUCGCUCAUGGGCCACAUGAUCUCCGACCUCCAGUCUAUGAUAUCAGAGAGAUUCAAGCACAAGAGGCCCUCCAGAAUGGACAGCUGGGCUCUGGGGAAGGUAUUCCUGAUCUGCAGCCUGGUGUUCUAGCCAGCCAAGCUAUGAUUGAGAAAACUCUGACGGAAGAUCCCCGGUGGCAAGAUACCAACUUUGUUUUAGCCAAUUAUAAAACAGAUCAGUGUACUAAGCCCCCAAGACUAUGCAGACAGGGUUAUGCUUGCCCGCACUACCACAACAGUAGAGAUCGAAGGCGAAAUCCACGGAAGUUCAAGUAUAGGUCAACUCCCUGCCCUAAUGUGAAACACGGCGACGAAUGGGGUGAACCCUCAAAGUGCGACAGCGGAGACAGUUGCCAGUAUUGUCACUCUCGAACUGAACAGCAGUUUCACCCCGAGAUCUACAAAUCUACCAAAUGCAAUGACAUGCGACAGACUGGAUACUGUCCCAGGGGACCGUUUUGUGCAUUCGCACACGUAGAAAGAAUUCCAUCUACAGAAGAGACCAUGAGCUCGUUGCUAACGGCGAUACAGUCGAGCUCCCAGUCCCAGCUGGGCUCUCAGCAGUAUUCAGAGUGUUCAGUCACUGAGUGGAACAGUGGAGGAAACUCCACCAGCAGUGCAACCAGUAGCAAUGGACAAGUAGGAAGUGUUUCAUGUUCUAAUAGCUCAACUGUAACGCCAAGCUCAGGAAGCGACAGUUUGUUAUCCCCAGUGGGAUCCAUCAGCAGGUCCAAAUCCUUAACUAAUAGUAGUUUAUGUUCAGAGUCCACCACAUCCAGUGUCUCAUCUCUGACGUCUAACUAUCCCAAAGCUCCGGGCUUUGAACGUGAGGAUCAGAUUAAGAACAAGGGACAGAUGGAUCAAAAAUUCAUGGACCAAGACAAACAGACACACAAUACUGUAUUCUCAGCGGUGAACCCUCUGGCUUCGAGUUUUACCUCCAGUAUCACGUCAAGCUUGGCUUCAAGCAUUGGCUCAGAUAGUUCUUCACCCACCACCUUAUCAACGAUGAAUGCUAAAGCCACUCCUUUCUAUCCGGGGAGCAACACGGUGGAGUCUGUCAUCGAUUUUUUUUGUUUUCCUUCAGGAUCCGCACUCGACCUGAACUUCAGCGACAUCAACGUUGCUUCUCUUGAUAAAGAGUUAGAGGAGCAAGAUAACAGUGUGGGACUGGCAAGUAAGGACGGUCAGAGGGUGCUAGGUGGAUCGGCGCCCGUUAACAUUCCCGGCUCCCUGGCACGAUCAUCAUCUUUUAAUUCCUCGUCAUCACUCUCCACCUCCCCACUAAGCUCCCUCUCCCAGUCUCUGUCACAGUCCCUGCUGUCAGGGACACUAUCUCAGCAAAAUCAACCUUCCAACAUGUUGGCCAAGCAAGAGCACGGCCUCCUGGGAACACCCACCUCCUCUUCCCAGAACUCUCUGGGCUUGAAUGGAGGUGCUAGCAGCAUUUGGGACUUUGUAAGUGGCAGCUUUUCACCAAGUCCAUCUCCAGUUUUCAGCAGCCUAACGUCCACAACCAGCAGCGCCGAUCUGGCCCGCCUUUUUAGAGAGCUGGAUGAGGCGAAGAGGAAAAUCAAACAAUGGGAAGAAGCCUGGCAUCAGGUCAAACAAGCCUGCGAAGCGUGCCAGAAAGACGCUCAUGAAGCGAAGGAGCAAGCGAAAACGGCGGAGGCAGAGCGGCAGCUGGCAGAGCAGAAAUGGGAAGAAACGGAACGCAAGCUGAAAGAGCUCCAGGGAGACUUUGACGUGCUUUGUCGCACCCCUGGGACACCUCUUCUACGUAGCUACGGAGAGCUGGACCAGCUUCCCUUGUCAAAGCUUCACUCCAUCCAGAGUCAGCUGCGUAAUGACCUAGACCUUAUAGACGGGGUAAUAUAUCAGCUUCAGUCAAAGAAAUGUAUAGUUUGCCAAAAGCAUGAUCGUUGCAUUGUUCUGCAGCCUUGCCAACAUUAUGUACUAUGUGAGAACUGUGCACCUAGUAAAACAGAAUGUCCCUACUGUAGAACAAAAAUACUCAAGUGGUGAUGUACAAUUACUCAAGGUACUAUUUAUAAAAGAAUUAGCCCUUUGAAAAGCUACUUAUGGAUAGUACAUUUUCUAAACAGCUGUUCUUGUUUUGUACAGCGAUUUGAUUAAUUUAGGAUAAAAUGAUGUUUGACUGAGAAAACUAAUAGUAUUAUGAAUCAGAUUUCAAACAGAGGGAUUAAAUCAUUAUAGCUUUUGCUCAUUUUAUGUCCACAUUGGACAACCGUAUUGUUUUCUGUAUGAAAAGCCCUGCACUCGAAUUAGAAUGUUACAUUUCCUUAUCAAAUCUUCAGUCAGGCAUGUUCAGAUUUUUUAUAAAAGUUUGUCUAAAGAAGAUAAAUAUGCACCGCCCAGCCUGACGUACAUGCAAAGUAACAGGUUAAAAAAAAAUCUAAACUUGGUUAAAAGCUCGAUACACAAGGACAUUCAUGAGUGUUUGUUUGUGCCAUGAUUUACUGUUUUCCAACUGGAAAUAAUUCACUACACUCUGGCAUUAGUUUGGCUAAAACACUUAACCGAGAGGCAGCAUCUUCUUUACUUUACUUGCACUUAAAGUUACCCCAGAGCAUAUUUACAGAGAAUAUAUAAAACUGAUGGAAGUGAAUAUGUCGCUUCACUAAAAGAGAAAUGUUUCACUGUAGUCUAUUGCCACGUUCUGUCUAAACACAAAUUGAGAUAUUAGAGUUUUAAAAGAAUAAUGAUAACCCAGAUAGUCAUAAUUUUACAGCGCUUCCAUGUAGUCCUCUGUUGUUUAUACCUUAAUAUAGAAAUUAAACCACAACACACAGUAACACAAGAAACACACUCACCAAUAUAUCAGAAUUUCCGUUUGGGAUCUGAAACACGAUUAAGUCAACUGUGUAACUGUUGCAAACACUGCCAAGAAACGCUGAAUUCACUAACAGAUUAAGCUGGUGAGGCUCAACAUAAAAUGGGCAAAACUCAAAGAUGAUUUUUCUUUACUUAAAGAGGAAUACAUCAAAUAGUUUAUUUGGGACAACAUCAAGGAAGCAGACAAGCAAGCACCUGAAAAUGACUGAUAUUUAAUGUGAAAUUUGUAUAUAUGUUUUAUCACAACUAGGGGGGAAAAAAAAUGUGUUUACUGACACCAUUUCACAAAGCGUGCAACUUCUAAAGCUGAAAUGGCUCAUUUAUCCAGUUCAACAUUUCAUUCUUGAAAUCAGCUUAAGUACAAUUUGAUAGCACUUAACAUGGACGUCUCCAAUCAUGCUUGUGAUCUGGUGGCUUGGUGGUCGUAAAAUGUGACUCACCGAAGAAACGUCUACUGCCUGCUGUAGAUUUGCAUUGUUCCUCUUUAAAUAAAGCCAGUUAAACAAAUAGUCUUUAAGAAAUUUAAAGUUAACCAGUCAAGCAUCAUUAUUUUGACCAACUUUCUGAAGAAGUUUGAUUUCUUAUUAAAAGCACUUUGUUGAUCUGGGGCUUUAUUAUUAAAGGCUAUAUAGAAAUUUGCUUUAAGCUGCUUUGUAGGUAUUCUUUUGUAUUUUUUUGUUUGUUUGUUUUUUUUUAAAUUUCUCUUUUUUUUCUACAUAAGCUAAUGUCUGAAGCUUCUGUGUGUACUGUGAAACAUAAUUUGAAUAUUUCACGUUACCAAUUGUUAACUCGUGGCAUGGUUCUGCAUAUUAAGGUUUCAUAGAAAAAUACUCAAUAGUUUCUACUUUCUUAGUUAGAUUUAUAAAAUUUCAAUCAAAUAAGUGCAAAUUUAAAUUGCAUUUUAGUCAUAACCAGCAGCUGUGAUAUCAGUAAGGCACAUGCUACAUGUUAAAGGCUGUUAUUCAAUCAGUUUUGUUUUGUAGAAAUUUAUAUAGCCUAUCCAUUAGAGGAGCAUGUAUUGUAUUUGCUAAAAGCCUGAAAUGGUGAUUUUUGUAGGAAUCUAGCCUCUUAACCUUGUCUAGAACAUAUCGGCCUCUAACUCUAAAGUGCCUUGCCUUAGUGGAUAAAGGUUAUGUGUAGAAUUGUCCGAGCUAACACAAGUAGUUGAAGCUUGUGCACAGGUUUCUGCAAAAUGCAUAUUUAAAUUUGCAGAAGCACCGACGUGUAUAACUUUAUGUGUAUAUAUGCCAGAGUAUUUGGCCAAAUCCCAUUAAGUAUUUCUGCAGAAGAUAAUUGAAGAUUGUCAGUGCCUGUGUCCUGACUUCACCUGUAAAAACGAAAACACCCAGCUCCCCCAGUCUACUACCGACCCACCCACUAACCUGCCCUCUCAUUCCUUGGUUGUGGUGCUCUUUUGGUGCAGCUUCAGUCUUUGAAAUUAGGUUUUUCAAUUUAACAUUUGGGAGUAUGCAAACAUAGGACAAAUAAAUAUGUAUAGCAACAUACACAGUGCUUUUGAAACAGUUGAGUAAGAGCAGUUUGUUAUAUUGUAAUAAUUCUGCAGUGAAUGAAGAAUUCUGUAGAUUUUGCAUAAGAAUUGUGCUUAGGUUCGUCUAAUUCAAAUGACCUUCUACUGUGUUAAAAAAAAACAAAAAAAAAAACAAAAAAACACCUUUUUAUUCUUGCUUUAAAUCCAGUAGAAAACCAUGUAUCUCCAGGUACACUUUUUGCUACUUAUAAAUAUGGGAUAAUGCAUUGUUUACAUUCACACAAAUGACAAUUACGCAACUCAGAGGAAAAAUAUCAAGAAAGAUUAUGGUAUUUUAGCAUUUUCAUGGUUAUAUUACAGCAUAAAAGGCAGGCUAAACACUUCUGGUAUUGCAUGUUAUGCGAUAUGUUAACCAGCUACAAGAAAUAAAAAAUAAUAAAAAAAAAUAAAUAUGUACGCACUGUGUCACACUGCCAGAAUAUUUGUAUCGACUUAUUUUAGUGUAGUCAAGGCUUAAUAACUUCUGCGAGCUUCGCUGCUACUGGAAAAGGUAUUAAUGUAGUUUCUUGUUAUACAUUUAGAUGUUUGAAUGUUGUUGUGCACACACAGCUCAGAAUUCAGAAACUAUGAAUAGUAUGUCAUCUGCAUAUAACCUGAUCUUUUUUUUUUCUUUUCUUUUUAGAUUGAACAGUUGUAAAUUCAUUUGAGUCAAAAGUUUCAGUACUUUUGUUAGUCACUUAGAAUGAUGUCAUGGGCCUGUACUACUGUAGAUUGUCCCUUUUUUUUUUAAUCAGUUGGAGGUAAAUGUUGUUAUUGUUGGAUUUCUUUUUUCCCGUACGUUGGACAACGGUGUAUGAUGCAGCUAAUUCACAGGGUCUUUGGUCUGUUUUGUUUUGCCUGUGAAACAAACUAAUUUAAUGAUGUCUAGUGAGAAAAUUUAAAAAAAAAAAAAUUAACCAAAGUGGUGUUCUUGUACAGUAGCUGUUCAAAAAUGUAUUGUGAAGGGAAAAUUUACCCUCAAACAGAAUUCAGAUAAAUGCUCCAAGCAUCACUCAGAUCAGCCUGUAGUUGUGAACACGGGCAGGUCUUGCCCCAGACUAUGAAUAACAGGUCAGAGCUGAGAUAAAGUCCAGCUGUGAGAGUGUCAGGAAUUCUGUUUUUGGAUGAAUUUUGUACUUUAAUAUUUCAUUCAGUAGGAAGUACAUCCUCGAAGGGAGUCAACAACAGGACUAUGCCAAUGGCUUUUGCUUACAACAUUAAUGGACUAAGGCCCAUUUUUUGCAGUUUUACCAAAGACCUUUAUUGUUUAUUUUCUACUACAUUUCAUUAAUUGUUGUACUUCAUUAAGAAACCUGCAUUGAUUUAAAGUCGUAAAUCACCUAGUACCUUAAAUAGAUAACGUUCAUCAACCGUAAUUAAUAGCAACCUUUUCUAGCUAAAGUUUUAGUGAUACACACAUGAUCAAAAAUGCAUGGGUCGGAUCCUAACAAAAACGUGUGUUUGUACAUUAUGUGUUACGUAAACAUUGGCGUUUAUGGCAGAUUGUGCAAUACUGGCUAGCACAUGCUGACCUUAAGCGAGGAUUCAGUGUCAGUUUAAUUGUUGUCUACAGUGAAGGAAUGUCACAGGUGAAUGACAUUUGUGCUUCUGAAGUGGCCAUAGAAACUUCACUACAGUUCUGUUCUGAAGUAAACCUUGUUGAUUUUGCUUAACUGCGUAAUCUGAAUGAGUUUUGACAUUGAUGGGUAUGCAUUAUAUACUGUUAUGACGGGCCUGCAGUGACUGUAAGGUGCUCUCUCUUUAUCAGAAUCUGUUUCCUGUUUCUUAAAGUCGUGGUCCAAAUGAGGUUUUGUUACUACAGGGACGGAUGACGGUUGUGAAGCAUCAAUGGCAGAUACAGACGUAAUCACGAUUGAGUUCUUAAGACAAUUUGUUGUCUCUCAAGAGGUCUACUUGCCCCAACUCUUAAGUUUUCUAGGAAGAAAUGUAAAAAAGGAAAAAAAAAACUGCUUGGUAAGCACAGCUUUUGUUCAAUUGUAUCUCUUAAUGGACCAAUUCCACUUUCAAAUACAUCUGUGCCUUCUUAUAAUUACACAAUGUGGAUCGAUUGAAGGGACAAAUUCUAACCUGUUCAAUUAGAAUCAAAAUUCCAGUGCCUUACGAUAUUUUUGUGGACCACAAUGUGAUUGCCAAGUGUCCUGAGCAUUCAGGCCACGUGAGCUAAAAGGAAAACGAGGCUAAUAUAAUGAGAUUUGCUUCACCACUUUGUCCGAAUGAAGCUAAUUGAUAAGAAUCUCAGUCUGUAUUUGCCAUGAGAAAAAAAAAACAAAAACAAAAAAAAACAAGAAAAUGCAGCAAUAUCUAACCACUGAAUCCACAGUUUUGAUCUCGAUUCGUCACCAAAAACCCAACUGUUUGUAAGGAAAAGCACCAAAUAGGAAGAAUCUUGUAAAUGAACUGUAAUAGAUGUAUCAUUAUGCUCUGCAUUGGAGUAGUUUAAUCUAUUUUGCAUUAUUGUUAGUUGUUGUGUCUUCUUUGUUUUUAAGCAUUAUAAAAAUGGAGCCAGAAGAUUUAUGCAAUCUUGUACAUGUAUAUGAGUAUGGAGCUGUUCAAAUAAUAAUAAUAAAAAAAUACUAGUAAAAAGACAAAAGUAAAUAAUCUGAAUGUGGAACCAGAUGUUCCAUGUACUUUAGAAAUUUCAGUAGAAAUGUUAUUAUAACAUUGAAGCCCUGAAAUAUUGAAUGUAUUGUUCUAAAUUAGAUAUUCAAUGAAUAGGUCACUGGAUAUUAUGGAGCGCAGUUAAUUGAUUAUGAUGUAGCAUCUUAGUUGUGAACUGCUAUUCAAUAAAAUUUAUUAGAACUAAAACGAAUGCAAGUUUUCAAGUUUCUAUUUGUCAGCGUAAUGAGAAAAUAUAAGGAAAGUAUUUUUCUCAGGGUAUGACGGCGAUUUGAUAGAGAAUGUGUUAAAUCUGAGGAAACUGCAUUUCACGGAUUUAUUUACUUAACGUCAGUGGGUUUAGACAUUAUUUAUAGAUUUAAACAAAUAUAUAUGUCCCUUAUUUUGUGACGAGCUGUAUGCAUAUGUAGGAAAUUCUAUAAUGAUAAUUGUAGAAAUUAUUCUGUUGGAAUCGAUAUAUUUUUUUUUUUUUUGUGUUGUGAACACAAAAGCAGGUGCAAGUCUUAGAAUACUAGGUGUUUCUUUUCUACAUUGAGGAUUGUGUACCGCAUAUUUACCGUAGUGUAUUACUAGUUUGUUAACACUUGUUAAAUUGUUACACUACAGUUAUGCAAUGGUUUACAGAGUUCACAAAAUUAUUUUUAUCAUCUUGAGAAUUAAAAUAAUUUUUUCAUCUGAAAUGUGUGACUCCCUUUUGUUUCGGACGCAAUCAGACGGCAGAGGAGUGGGAAAUUGUAUUUGUUUAUUGCUUUACUGUGGAUUGAAUGAUGUGUAUAGUAUCUGGAACAGAACCUUCAUUAAUAAAAUGAGUUGCACCUUG